AAUACGAUCAUGUGACUUUCCUUUUUCUUAAUAUUUGGCCAACGGUGAUUCUGUUUUGAGCAGGAUGUAAACAUUCCGGUCAUCGACUGGAAAAUAAAUCCAGAUCAGACAAGGGACACGUGUGAUGUGUUUAACAUGUCCCGUCAUAUGAUCAUAUAUGUAUAUGUAUAUGUAUAUAAAUGUACGUAUAUAUAAAGUGACACCAGCCAUCUAUCCACGUGUAGUAUGAUGGUUUUGAUGGUCCGUGAUAAACGAAAGUCGAAAUUAAAUUUGUAACAAUAUUUUACAAGUAAUCCUUUUUUAAAAUAAUUUAUUAUUUUCUGUUGUCCUUCGUCUAUUUGUGUCCAUCAAUAUAUAUCGUCUCACUAUAAAAAUUAAGAUAUAUAUACAGAGAUAUAUAUAUAGAGAGGCGUACAUUUGUCGCUGCAGCUAUUCAGUUCAAUAAAAUUAUCAAGAGGCUGCAAAAUGUCGAAAAAAACAAAGAUUAUAAUUGUUGGAGCAGGUCCAUCUGGCAUUGCAGCUGCUUGUAAGCUAUUGGAGAAAGGAAUAAACGAUUUUGUGAUAUUAGAAGCUAAUAAUAGAAUUGGUGGCAGAAUAUGCACUCAAAAUUUUGGCGAGAAUGUGGUGGAUCUUGGAGCUCAAUGGGUUCAUGGUGAAAUUGGAAAUGUAGUAUUUGAAUUAGCUUCUAAGCAUAAUUUGUUGAGCUCAUUUUCCAUUCUGAUUGAUCCCGCCAAACAUACUUUUAUUACGGGCAAUGGUGAAGUGGUACCUAAGGAUGAAAGUAGCGAGGCUCUGACAAUUUUUUUUAAUAUUGUAGAUAAUUCAAAGGAAAACCUCGAAAAGGAAACAGGAUCUUUUGGAAAUUAUUUCGUAAGAGAAUAUUAUAAAAUUUUUGAUGAGAAUCAUUUUACAAGUACUACUCGAGCUGCCGAAUAUUUAUCUUGGAUGGAAAAGACGGAAAAUUCUGUAGAAUGUAGUGACACAUGGUUCGACGUUUCCGCGAAACGUUUGUCGGAAUAUUGGGAAUGUGAAGGCGACCUUUUGUUAAAUUGGAAAGACCGUGGUUACAAAACACUCUUUGAUCUGUUAUCGAAAAAGAUUCCAAAUCCAGAAGAAUGUCUGCCAGUGAUGGAGAAGAUAGAGUUCGAAAAAGUUGUAACAACUAUUGACUAUAGUUCCAGUAAGGACGUUAUGGUGACUACCAAAGAUGGAAGCGAAUAUUCCGCGACGCAUGUUAUAUUCACUGGAUCUCUGGGUGUUUUGAAGGAGAAACAUUCUACGAUGUUCGUGCCUUCCCUGCCGCAAAAAAAACAAAAUGCGAUAAAGGGAUUAAAUAUUGGAACAGCAAAUAAGAUUUUCCUUGAAUUCUCGUACAUAUGGUGGCCAGAAAAUACCGCUAGCUUCGAUAUUAUUUGGCCGGAAGAAGACAAAAAGGAAUUCCUGAAAACUUGUGGUCAAAGCUGUGAAUGGCUUUGCGACGUGUUUUCGCUUUUCACUGUAGCUUAUCAGCCGAAUCUUUUAUGCGCUUGGAUUGUCGGAAAAAAUGCGAGGCACAUGGAAACUUUAUCGGACGUUGACGUGUUAGAUGGAUUAUAUCUAUUGCUAAAAAGAUCAUUCGGAAAACGUUAUGAUGUUGUAAAGCCAACAAAAAUAUUAAGAUCCAAAUGGUACACCAAUGAAUAUUUUCGUGGCUCAUAUAGCUUUCAAAGCAUGAUUUCCGAACAAAUGGAUGUAAAACCAAAAGAUUUAGCCGAGCCAAUAAUGAUGGAUGGAAAUAAACCUGUAAUCCUUUUCGCUGGAGAAGCCACACAUGAUCAUUAUUAUUCUACUGUGCAUGGUGCAGUGGAAACUGGUUUCCGCGAAGCGAAUCGAUUAAUUGACUUUGAAAGAAUGCGCAAUGACUUAGAUCAACUGGUUAACAACUUCAACGAAGUUCGAAUAGAUGCGGGUGCAAGAACGGAAAGGACAAGAAUUGUAAUAGUAGGCGCGGGAAUCGCAGGGUUGGCAGCGGCCAAGACUCUAGAGGAUGCGAAAUUUACAGAUUAUCUUCUCCUUGAAGCUCAAGAUGUAGUUGGAGGAAGAAUUUAUUCUGUUCCGUGGAAUAACAAUUGGAUAGAUUGCGGGGCGCAAUUCUUGCACGGCGACAAGAGUAAAUUGGCACAAUAUUGUCUCGACAAUAAUUUAUUGUCAAACAUUCAAGGUACAGACGGCGAAGGAAUCUUCUUGCGUAAUGACGGAACAAUAAUGAGUGAGAACUUGGUUCAUGAGAUUGAUGAUUUUUUACGAACUAUCUUUGAUGACCUCAGUGAACUUCGAUGGCCUUUGAAGAAAUACGAGACUAUUGGUUCAAUCAUUAGAUGUAGGUUCGAGGAAUAUUUACGCGAUAGAAACGAUUCUUCGAUGCGAAAAAAGAUGGAAGAGUUAUUCGAUUGGAACGUACGAUUUCUUCUGGUGGAUAACUGCUGCCAUUCAUUGGACGAAUUAUCAGCGAAUUUGUGGGACAAAUUUAAGUAUAUUGGCGGACCGGAACAUUUGCUCUUCAAGUGUGGCUAUAGCUCUCUAACAAAUCUUCUUAUCGAGAAUUUGAGUAAAGAAAAGGUGCGAGUGGCUACUCCCGUGGAGACCAUUCACUGGCGGGAUUCUAUCGAAUCUCAGGAUUCUCCGAUCAUCGUGAUGACUUCCAAAGGAACGCAAAUUAUCGCCGACGCCGUUAUAGUCACCUGUUCACUCGGUUAUUUAAAGGCAAACUAUCAAAAGAUGUUUCAACCAUCAUUACCGAGUCGUCUAAGCGUCGCCAUUGAGGAUCUCGGUUUCGGAACGAUUAACAAAAUCUUUUUGGACUUUGGCGACUUACCCUGGUGGCAAACCGACGUGAAAGGUUUCCAACUACUCUGGCACAGGGACGAUCACCGAUCCUUGCCAGAAUGGACCAGAGACAUCACGGGAUUCGAUGUUCUACCGACUCAUUCGGCCACUCUUGUAGUAUGGGUCGGCGGACGAGGAGCGCGCAUCGUCGAGGAAUUGCCGGAAUGGACAGUCGCGCAAGAUUGUAUGAAUCUAUUGACGCAUUAUUUACGAUGUUACAAUAUUCCACCGGUGAGAAAAUGUGUCAGAACAAAAUGGCAUGGAAAUGAAUACGUGAGGGGUGGAUAUAGUCAUAUUACGAAGAGCUGUGAAGAGGACGAUGUUUCGCCCAAGACGUUGGCUGAACCAGUUUGGACGACAAUAUUGCAGAAUAACACGAGGAAGAAUUUACCAGUCAUACUGUUUGCCGGCGAAGCUACGCACGAUAAUUUCUACUCGACAACACACGGAGCUUAUGAAACAGGAAUCCAUCAAGCCAAAAUAUUCCUGCAAUAUCACGCGAGUGUCAACUGAAAUAUUUUGAUAUGUAAAUAUCUUAACAUAAUAAA